AUGAUGACAUCUUUGAAGCUGUUGUCAGUCGAAGCAUCGGAUCGGGGCUCCCAGAGAUGCAGGCUGGGUCCAGGUUUGAUGUCAGCGCUGGAGUUGAGUGUGGGUUCCCCGGUGGUGGUGUCUCUUCCUGGGGGAAGCUGUCUGUGCACCGCAUGGCCCCGGUCUGACCUGGCUGAGGGCUUCGUGCAGGUGGACAUGAAGUGCUGUUCUCCACAUCUGAUUAAGCAUCCACCCUCACGCCUCACCCUGGAUCUCGAGCAAGUCACACCCCUCCCUUGUCCCAAUCUGAAAGGAUUAAAAAUAAGCGUGGUGGUCCAAAAUGUGCAAUAUAAGAGAAACACUUCACCUCGUUUUGUUCAUGAGUUUGUCAAAGACAUGCUGAAAGGUGCCUUGGUGCAUAAGAACCAUGUUAUAAACCUGGAGGAUUUCGACACAGACAUUCGGUAUGUUGUCAUUGAAAACGUUUAUCCGGAUAGUAACACAGCAGGGCUCGUCACCUCCAAAACCAGUGUGGAGAUUGCUGAAAUCCAAACUGUCAGACACUUCAACAACCAUCUUCAGGGCCAGGUCACAGUACCUUUGGGAGGCCUGGAGGAGGUAAGCGCGUCGCUUAGAGAGAUACUGCAGUUGCCGCUUCUCUAUCCGAGCACCCUUGGCUCUCUUGGUGUGUCGUGUCCCAGAGGCGUGCUGCUAGUGGGGCCUCCAGGUGUCGGAAAGACCCAGCUAGUUCGAAAAGUGGUCGGACAAGUGGGAGCCAGCCUGGUGGUGGUCAGAGGGCCAGAGGUUGUGCGGUCUCGCCCGGGUGAGAGCGAGGAGAUGUUGCGGGAUGUAUUCGUGCAAGCUCGCGCUGCAGCGGACGAGGGUCCAUGCAUUCUCUUCUUGGACGAAUUAGACUCCCUCUGCCCGAGAAGAACUGGCUCGUCUGCACCGGAGAACCGCUUGGUGGCUCAGCUCCUCACGUUAAUGGACGGCGUGGACCAAUCGGAUCGCUUCCUCAUUAUCGGUGCCACCAACCGUCCGGACAGCUUGGAUGCGGCGCUGCGCAGGCCUGGAAGAUUUGACAGAGAAGUCAUCAUUGGUCCACCUACCUUGGGGCAGAGAACAGCCAUUUUGUCUGUCGUGUGUGAGAAGAUGCCGUUGUGUCCCAGCGUGGAUAUGACUGAGGUGGCACGGAAAACCGCAGGUUAUGUCGGGUCAGACCUCAGUGCCCUGUGUCGGGAGGCCGCCAUGCACGCUAUGCGGGAAAACGCAAAGAGUUCAGGUCAGCAAACGGUAGGACAGAAACAUUUCCUUGAGGCUAUGAAGUUGGUGCGGCCUUCCUGUCUCAGAAGCAGCCUAGGCAAUACGGACCUCGCUCCGGUGGCUUGGGAGCACAUCGGCGGUCUUGAAGACAUCAAACUGAAACUGAGACAGAGCAUCGAGUGGCCAAUGAUGUACCCCGAAGCCUUCUCCCGCCUGGGUCUGUGCCGCCCGCGAGGCGUGCUUCUCUACGGGCCUCCUGGAUGCGCCAAGACGACGCUGGUCCGAGCGGCAGCCUCGUCCUCAAACUGUACCUUCCUGUCCGUUAGUGGUGCUGACCUUUACUCACCGUACGUGGGAGACUCAGAAAAGGCUUUGUCACAGCUGUUUCGUCAAGCGCGGGCUUGCGCUCCUUGCAUUCUGUUCCUGGAUGAGAUCGACACUGUGAUGGGCUCGCGGUGCAGCGGACGGGCACCUAACAGCGUUCAAACCCGACUAUUAUCCGUGCUCCUCAAUGAGAUGGACGGCGUCGGCUUGAAGACGGUAGAAAGGAAGGGGACGCAGAAGAUACUACAAGUAGAGGGAGCAGAGGAUGAUAACACUCCAGAACAGACUGACAAGCAGGAAGUGUGCAACAAAGACGUGAUGGUUGUAGCAGCCACAAACAGACCGGACUGUUUGGACAGCGCCCUUCUUAGGCCCGGCAGACUGGACCACAUUCUCUAUGUGCCUCCACCCGACCAGCAGGGCCGUCUCGCCAUCCUCAAGGUGUGCACGAAGUCUAUGCCAGUGGAUCCGAAUGUGUGUUUGGAGGAGUUGGCUGCCAGGUGUGAUCUUUACACUGGAGCUGACCUGGAAAAUCUUUGUAAAGAGGCGGCUCUGCUUGCAUUACAAGAAAACAUGGAGGCGUCUAGCAUCAAACACCGACACUUCCUGCAAUCCCUCCAGAAAACCAGACCCUCCCUCACAGCUCAGCAAAUUCAAACAUACCAGAUAACAGCUCAUUAA